GCUCCCCAGCACUCACUCACUCGCUCCCUCACUGCACCACCAGCCUGCAGCCGCUCCACUCAGUGCGCACCGGACAGCUCAUCCUCACAGAGUUGGACGGCACACUUGGAGCAGAGAAGCACGAGACCUCGGGCGCAGACACAAAGACAAGAUGUCCUCCUACGCGUCCUCUGAAUGCCGCCGCGUCAGCCCGUCUGUCCACGGCAACAAGUUUGACACUGCGCACCGCAAGAAAGCCGCGGCGAACAUCUUCGACAACGUAAACCAGGACGCGCUGAUGAGGCUCUUCCAGAAAACGGGCGACAUGAAGGCGGAGGAGAGGGUGAGGAGCAUCUUCUCCUACACCCAGGACCCGGAGGAGACGGCCCGGGCCCUGAUGGCUCUUAAGCAGCGAAAGAAGGACAAGUUCCUCCAGAUCGCGGGCAUGGUCCGGCAGCUGCUCAAGAUGCGUUGACUGUGCUCCACUGGUCUUGGAGCGCCUGUGUCUCUGUCGGCUCAUGCGUGAGCCGAAUGUGAAAACAGUCCCAACACGCGGCUCAUCUUUCGCCUGUAAGCGCGUCAGGUGCGGAGGAGAACGUGCAGCCGGCCGCCCGGAGCGCAACAUGCUGCAGGCAGCUGCCGCCUCAUGGACCGAGGUGACAGCGGACAGUCCAGCCUGUCGGGAGCGGCGGAACAUGAAUAUUAAUGAGGAUAUGACGGACAUGCAUCUCUGAGACUUGAACUGAUCCGUGUAUUCCUGCGGAUGCGGAGCAGCUUGAACAGAUGCACCGGGCUGAAGGUGCACAGCUGCAUGUGAGACUUUAUUGUGCCGGAGAACCUGCUGCCUGUCCUGAACACACGCCUUGUCUUCUUUGUUCUACGAACACUUGUUAGUGGCCACUAAUGUUACAGCACAAAGUUCUGCAUUCAUGAUGUUCCUUUGUUUUGCAUUUUUUAAUAAAUGAUUUGAUUUUAUACAAAAACUGAA